GCAACACUGAUGUUGGCAUUUCUCUCUGUCUCUCUCAUCCACAAAAGUUACCACAUCUUGCGGGCAUUAGCUCUUGAAGAAGUCAUUGUUACCUUAAACAUUCAGAGACAUGAACCUUUAAUGUAUACACCCCAUACUAGUGCCGAUAACUUAGGCAUUGCACGUGUUACACCCUUCUCUUUUCCCCUUAAUACUCCUACAACCUCCCUCUCUUUCCCUUCAAAAGCUCACUCUUUUUCUCCCUUCUCUUCACCCUUUCCCUUUCUCUUUCUCCUUCUCUCUGCAACGUAACCUUCUUCUUGCAAUGGCAACUGCAACUUCCUAUGUCACAUCGCCACCUCCAUUGAAAAAUGAGCUUGACAUCGUUAUCCCCACCAUAAGGAACCUUGACUUUCUUGAGAUGUGGAGGCCAUUCUUUGAGCCUUACCAUUUGAUCAUUGUGCAGGAUGGUGACCCCACCAAAACCAUUAAGGUUCCACCUGGUUUUGACUAUGAACUCUACAACCGCAAUGACAUCAACAAGCUUCUCGGUCCAAGGGCCUCUUGCAUCUCCUUCAAGGACUCUGCUUGCCGCUGCUUUGGCUACAUGGUGUCUAAGAAGAAGUACAUCUUCACCAUUGAUGAUGACUGCUUUGUUGCCAGUGAACCAUCUGGAAAAAAGAUUAAUGCUCUUGAGCAGCAUAUUAAAAACCUUCUGUGUCCAUCCACACCAUACUUCUUCAAUACCCUUUAUGACCCCUUCAGAGAAGGAGCAGAUUAUGUUCGUGGAUACCCUUUUAGUCUUCGUGAAGGUGCACCAACUGCAGUUUCUCAUGGUCUUUGGCUCAACAUCCCAGACUAUGAUGCUCCUACACAACUUGUGAAGCCUCUUGAGAGGAACACUAGGUAUGUGGAUGCUGUUCUGACCAUUCCAAAAGGCACUUUAUUCCCAAUGUGUGGAAUGAACUUGGCAUUCGAUCGUGAUCUCAUUGGACCUGCGAUGUACUUUGGUCUCAUGGGAGACGGUCAACCAAUUGGACGCUACGAUGAUAUGUGGGCUGGUUGGUGCUGCAAGGUGAUCUGUGAUCAUCUGGGGCUAGGAAUCAAGACUGGUCUUCCAUACAUCUAUCACAGCAAGGCAAGCAACCCAUUUGUUAACCUGAGGAAAGAGUACAAAGGCAUAUUCUGGCAGGAGGACAUUAUUCCAUUCUUCCAGAAUGUUGUGCUUCCAAAAGAAUGCACCACAGUGCAGAAGUGCUACAUUGAGCUCUCCAAGCAAGUCAAGGAAAAGCUUUCAAAGAUUGAUCCUUACUUUGACAAGCUGGCAGAUGCCAUGGUUACUUGGAUUGAGGCUUGGGAUGAUCUUAACCCUGUUGGAGCAUCUAAGGCCAAUGGCAAAGCAUAAACAGGUCUUGGUUAGCAACCACUGAAACUGGACUAGAAGUCGAACUAUUUUUAUUCUGUACUUUUUUUAAGUAUUUCUUUUCGAUUUACAAUUAGUGUCACUUAAGUUUGCAGCAUUGUUAGCUGUAAUUCUAUUUUUUUCACUUCAUGCUUUGAGAUUAUGAAGAAUAAAGUACAAUGGUCUAGUUGUUUUCUUGUGAUUUUUGUACCCUUAGUAGACACACAUCACUCAGGACCUUAUCACUUGCUGGUUCUGAAGUUCAAGUGAAGCAAGUGUUAUUAUAGGAAGAAUAUCAAUGUAUGGCUCAUUACCAAAUCAACAGUGAUCGAGUUUUCAAA